AUUGCAGCGGUGGUACAUCCUUUUGCGGAGCACAUUGGCUAUACACUAAUCUUGGGGAUACCUCUAAUAGCGACUUUGCUAUGCGGCACGGUCUCUGCUGCCUCCAUUGCACUCUACAUAACUUACGUAGAUUUCAUGAACUACUUGGGUCACUGCAACUUUGAGCUAAUUCCGAGAUCUUUCUUCUCGCUUUUCCCUCCUCUUAAGUUCCUCUGCUACACUCCUUCAUUUCACUCUCUCCACCACACGCAAUUCAGGACGAACUAUUCUCUAUUCAUGCCAAUGUACGACUACAUUUAUGGAACCAACGACAAGUGCAGUGACUCAUUGUACGAAUCAUCGUUGGAGGAAGAAGAAGAAAAGCCUAACGCAAUUCAUCUCACCCAUCUAACAUCACUGGACUCAAUAUACCAUCUCCGGCUAGGCUUUGCUUCCCUCUCUUCGCAUCCCCUAUCUUCACGGUUUUACCUAGUCCUCAUGAGGCCAUUCACUCUCAUCAUCUCCUUCAUACUAACUUCUUUCUCUUCUCGAACAUUUGUCUUCGAGAGAAACCGCUUUGGUGAUCUCACCCUCCACUCCCAUCUCCUUCCCAAGUUCUCCUCUCAUUACACGUCGCAGCAGCAAAAGGAAUCUAUCAACAAAAUGAUAGAGACGGCUAUACUUGAAGCGGAUAAAAAGGAUGUGAGAGUAAUGAGUUUGGGGCUGUUGAACCAGGGAGAGGAAUUAAAUGGGUACGGAGAAAUGUACGUAAGGAAGCAUCCAAACCUGAAAAUAAGGAUAGUAGAUGGAAGUAGUCUUGCAGCUGAGGUGGUCGUUCAUAGUAUUCCUGCUGGUACAAGUGAAGUUCUCUUUCGAGGAAAAAUCACAAAAGUUGCUCGUGCCAUUGUCAUUUCUCUUUGCAAAAGUGGCAUCAAGGUGAUGGUGUUACGUGAGGAAGAGCAUUGCAUGCUAGCCGGAUUCAUUGAUGGACAUUGCAAGGAAAAUCUGGUCCUCACAACCAAUUACUCCCCAAUGAUAUGGUUGGUGGGAGAUGGGCUAAGCAAAGAAGAGCAGAAGAAGGCAAGAAAAGGAACUCUCUUUCUUCCUUUCUCUCAGUUUCCUCCUAGUCAACUUAGAAAAGACUGCUUUUACCAUACCACUCCGGCUAUGAUCAUCCCCAAAUCUGCCCAAAACGUCGAUUCUUGUGAGAAUUGGCUAGGGAGGAGGGUGAUGAGCGCGUGGAGAGUUGGUGGGAUAGUGCACACGCUUGAAGGAUGGGAGGAACACGAGUGUGGUCUUGACGUUCCAAUGGUUAAUCCUCCAAGAGUUUGGGAAGCUGCUCUUCGAAAUGGUUUCAAACCUCUGCUUUUGCCAUCUUUAGAGACCAAAUGAUUGCGUAAUUUAUUGAAAACAGUUCGUACUAGAGACCCAAAAAGAGUUUGUAAGAUCAUUUCCAUCUCAUGUCUGUAUGGGGGUUUCGUAAAAAUAUUAGUAAUAAAAAAGUUGAGACACCUUAU